CGGUAUCCUUCUUUAGACAAUCAAACAGUUGAAAUGAUUUGUUAAUAACUUGCACCAGUCAAUGUGUUUGAUCAUGUGAUCAAAAUAAAGAAAAUGGCAGAAGCAACAGUUUUGAAACGCAAAAAGAAAGUAAAGGACAAGGUGUCAAGGGAAGUUGCUGAAAUCACUGAAGGUAUUCCUGAGGUCUCAGAUCUCAAGGACCUACUUCAGGAGGUACAAAAAGACUAUGGCAGAGUUGAAACAGAGAAACUCAUUGAGACAAUACAUACAAACAAGCCUAAAAAUGAAGGAGAAGUCAUUGUAGAAACAACAAAAGAUAAGAUAACUAUUGAGGAGGGGGCAGUUGAUGAACAUGAAAAUGAUCUAGACAAAGAUGAUAAUGAAUUUGCUGAGGGUGAACAAGAAGAAAAGGACCUUGACCAUGUCAUAAGAGGUGAAAUCAUAAGUUUAGACAAAUCUGAAGGUGCUAUUGAUGUUGAUUAUCAAAAUGAUUUAAGUACAUGUACACUUACUUGUAAAUCAGAUGUGGAUGGAAAUAAUGAAUCUAUUGAGUUUAAAAGUGAUUCUGCUGCUAUCAAAGAUGAUAGUAUCCAAGAAACAUCCCAAGAUCAGGCAAUUGGUGGUGUGGACUAUGCAACUGAUUGUGAUACAAAAGAUUCCAGCAAAAUGACACUUGAUAAAGACGUCUUGAGUGACAACACUUUGUUAGAGGCCACAGAUCUUCAAACAGCUGCUGUAGAUGUGACACAUAAAGCUGAUAGCAGUGACUCUAAAACAGCUGAGGCAAAUGGAACACAUCAGGCAGAAAAUAAGUUGCUGUAUCCUGACUUAUCUGCUCAACUUGCUAAAUAUAUGGAGCAAGACCACCAGCUGCAGAUAAAUGACAUCUUCCAACAAGACAUAAAACCACUUGCUGAAAGUCAAACCAGCAGUGGACCUGACAGAACAGCAGAUGUACAAGGUCUUCUGCAAGAGAGCUCUGCAUCUGCCCCUCCAGCUAGUAUGGGUGAAGAGCAUUUAGAAGAGGCAACAACUCUUGCUGGUGACACAGUUGAGAAGAGACCUAUUGCACCUCCUAUUGAAGAGCCUGGCCAAGUUUCCCAAGCACAGCAAGUGCCAAGAAGGGUGAUGCCACAGAGCCAGGAAGUCUUUCAGCCACUGACCAGAGACCAGCUUUCCUCCCUGUACUACAAUGUCAAGUUGGAGAACUUGAACGCUUAUAUUGACAAGUUCAUCCAGACAGAAAUGAAGAAGGAAACACACGAAUUCUACGAAAUUCUCAUGAAUUAUCAGCGGGCCAGAAAACACCUGCUGGAAUGCGAGGCCGUCAUACAAAAUCUGGAAGAGGAGUAUCGAAACAAUCAGAUGGAAGUUUGGAUAACAGAAACCUGCACAACAACUGUUAAGGGUACCUGUGGUGAAGGCUACAAUGCCCAGGGGUCACACACCUUCAAGAAGGCCAAGCUGGACUACAAUGGCCUUGCUAAGAUGACUGUAACCUUGAAAAACAUCCAGGAGCAGGUUCAGAAUGAGCUCUCCCUGCACUCAUAUUCGGCCCAACUCUCCAAACUGCAGGUGGAGUCCUAUAUCCACAACCAGGUGCUUCAUCUAGUGCUAUGUUUACUGCAGGUGGAGUCCUAUAUCCAUGACCUGCUGGCCACCUCACCAGAUCUGAGGGACAUACCCAAGAAUCUGCCGGUCAGCGGUGAGUACAACUCAACAUUCAUGUUAACACUAUUGAAUUCAGCAGUGCGGUGUAGGUUCAUAUGA